AUGGCACCCCUCUGCUCUGACCCCCGACAGAUCGUCAUCAACCUGGAGCCAGCGCGCAGGCGCGCUCUUCUCCGCCUCGUCACCGAGAUUACCACGCGCAUGAUCGCAGAACUAGACUCACAAUCCAAUGACCUCGGCCCCAUUACCACUGAGGACGAAUCCUCAAGCGGAUCGCAGACCCCCCAACCCCAGAAUGACGACGAGCAGCAGCAGCAGCCCCGGGCCCCCAAGCCAGCGGCAGAGCAAGCCAAGCCCAAGUCCAGCGAAAAGGCCUCCAAGGAAGCUAUCCGCAUCCAAAAGGCGGCCGUCCAGCACAUGGCAGAGUGGCAGCAGGAGUUCAUUGAGAAGCUUGGCGAGAUUGUCAGCGCCGAAGACGACGCCAAGAUUGUCGCGGAGCGUAAGAAGCGCGCCCAGGAGCUGCAGAAGCGAAGCGUCGACAAUGCCGAAGAGGGCGAAGAUCUCAUGAGCUUUGGCGACGCCAAGGCGGACAAGUCGGAGGACUUUUACGCUUUGCAGAUGCUGUACCAACCUUUGCCCACGAACCUCACUUCGUCCUCCAUCAGGGAUAGAAAGGAGGCGCUUAGUUGCGUACUCCUUCUGCUGCUCUCGACAGGCAAGUACUCGGCGCACUCGCGCGUACUGGGCUUGUAUCUCGCAUCCUCUCUGGAGCUUCCGCAAACCUUUGUCAUCCACGAGGAGACCGAGAUUGCCAAGACGCUGAUGGAGUCGUCCAACGUGGACGAGAAGGACAAGCAAGCGACCAUGUCUGCCGAGACAGAGGCCGCCAAGAGGCGACACGAGAACAAGUUCGGCCGCUACUGGAAGGUUGGCCUUGCUUCAGUCGCCGGAGCCGCUGUCAUCGGCGUCACAGGUGGUUUGGCCGCGCCUCUUGUAGCUGGCGCUUUGGGUGGCGUCCUCGGUGGCAUAGGCCUCGGGGGUGUCGCCAGUUUCCUGGGCAUAUUUUGGAUGAAUGGCGCAUUGGUCGGGGCGCUAUUCGGCGCAUAUGGCGCCAAGAUGACGGGUGAAAUGAUGGACAAGUAUGCCAAAGAAGUGGAGGAUUUUAAAUUCAUCCCCCUUCAGGAGGAAUGGGGCAAGGACUACUCCCAAGAAACCAAAGACCAACAACAGAGCCGCCGCCUCCGACUAACAAUCGGCAUCAACGGAUGGCUCAACGAAGAAGCGGAUAUUGUCAAGCCCUGGCGCGCUCUGAGCACAGAGACUGAAGUCUUUGCCCUCCGGUAUGAGUUGAAAACCCUCAUCAACCUCGGGACAGCCUUCCGCGACCUCGUCAAGUCCGCGGCAUGGAACACGUUCAAGUCAGAAGUCAUCAAGCGCACAGUGUUUGCCACCCUUUGGGCCGCGCUGUGGCCGAUCCAGGUCCUCGCCGCCGCCUCCAAUGUCGACAACCCCUUCAGCCAAGGUCUCAACCGCUCGCGAAAGGCGGGCAAGCUACUAGCUGAUGCUCUUAUCAACAAGGUACAGGGUGAACGGCCCGUCACGCUCAUUGGCUAUUCACUGGGAGCGGCCGCCAUCCAUGCAUGCCUCCAAGCUCUCGCCGAGCGUCGCGCAUUUGGCCUUAUCGAGAGCGUCGUCAUUAUAGGCGCGCCAGCACCGGCUGCCUCCUCCCACUGGAGGACCUUGCGCACCGUGGUGUCGGGCAAGAUCUUCAACGUGUACUCUGAAAACGACAUGAUCCUAGGCUUUGUGUAUCGCAUGUACAGCUUACACAUGGGUGUCGCGGGACUGCAAGCCAUCAAGAAUGUCGAUGGCAUUGAGAACCUGGACCUGAGCGACGUUGUUAGUGGGCACCAGCGGUACCCCGAGCUCACGGGUGAGAUUCUGCGCAAGUGCGCCUUUGUCGGUAUCAAAGCAAGCAACACGAUCGAGAAGGACGAGGUCAUCCAGAUGAAGAACGACUAUGCCGAGGGCAAGCUAGUGGACCUGGAUGGCGAACGAGACGACGAGAAGAAGACCCACACCAUCCCAAGGAAGGCGGUUCCCAAGGGAGAUGUGACAGAUGACCUGCGUGGGCUUAACAUCUCUUCUCCUGCGUUGGACCCCAAGUCUGAGGGUGGAGCGAACCAGCCCAAGAGCGAGCAGACGCAACAGGAGAACCCCCCUCUCCCGCCUCGUCCGGACGGUACGGUGCCAACAGACCAGGAGAGCCGCGUGCGGGAUAACGGCCGUCCAAUGACGCCCACAUCAACCAUGUCUGACGAUGAGGAGUUCCAUAGAAUCACCAUGCAAGACGAUGGUAGUCCAUAA